AAGGGUCAAAAGCCACCAUGCCAUUCACAGAGGAAACACUGGUUCAUCUAGCUAAGCAAUCUGAACAGUCAGUCAGCUUCCAAAACGCCUUGGGACCCCGCACGUACAUCUCACGUGACCUUCCUUCCCCUGAACGUUAGAGCUACUUCUCUCUCUCUCUCUCUCACAGUGUGAACAUAUGAAAAUGGUGAGAAUUAGGGACUGCAAAUUAAUGUCCUUCACACCAUUCAAAAUCUCUCUCUCUCUACCAUUUGUCUCUACGAAUGGUAUCAGCCAAUUCCAUAUUUCCUUUUUCUCUUAUUUGAUUACAUUUUCUUUGGUUGUCACCAACAAACAUGAGCGAAUUGGUAUCUCAAACUAACAUUCUUCAAAUUAUUGUAUUAUUGCUUCUCUAUUUACAUGAGUCGCAUUGCAGUUCAUUGAGGAAUGUAGUAGGUUUUGAUUUACUGGAAACAAAGAAUGAUGCAUUGUCUCCUGAUAUCUCCCCGAGCGUGGACCCUCUGCCCUUUCUUCCUCUCCUAGCUCCUUCACCAUUGAUGCCAUUUGCAAAUAAUAACAGUGUGCCAAAGUUGUCAGGACUCUGUGCAUUAAAUUUUUCAGCAGCUGAAAGUAUAUUGGCCAUCACAUCGAUAGAUUGUUGGGCUUCCUUUGCUCCGUAUCUGGCCAAUGUCGCCUGCUGUCCUCAAUUUGAUGCCACCCUAGCAAUUCUUAUUGGGCAGUCUAGUCUAUAUUCUCAGGAGCUUGCUUUGAAUCUUACUCAUGCCAAGCACUGCCUGUCGGAUGUUGAGGCCAUCCUAGAGAGUCAGGGUGCCGAUGAGAAUCUUCACAAGAUGUGCUCAAUUUAUCCAUCAAAUCUGACUGAAGGUUCUUGUCCUGUUAUAGAUGUUAAUAAGAUUGACAGCUUUGUCAAUUCUUCUAGACUCCUGACUGCUUGCGGAAAAAUUGAUCCUGUAAGUGAGUGCUGCAGCCCAAUUUGCCAGAAUGCCUUAUCAGAUGCUGCAAGAUCUAUUACUCUGAAGGGUUAUGAUAUCUCAAGCUUAAAUGAAGCUUCUUUCUUGCCUGUGCACUUAAGUGCAAUUGAGGAUUGUAAGAAAAUUGUUCUCCGAUGGCUGGCCAGGAGACUUGAUCCUUCUUCUGCAAGUAGUGUUCUUAGAGGACUUUCUACCUGCAACAUGAACAAAGUCUGUCCUCUGGUUUUUCCUGACAUGAGAAAUAUUUCAAAGGAAUGUGGAAAUGUGAUGAGCAACCAGAAAGCUUGCUGCAAUUCCAUGGAGAGUUAUGUGUCUCAAUUGCAGAAUCAGAGAUUCAUCACUAACUUGCAAGCCUUGAAUUGUGCUGCAUUGCUUGGUAUGAAGUUGCAAAAAGCUAAUGUCUCCAGCAAUGUUUAUAAUCUUUGUCAUAUAAACCUCAAGGAUUUCUCCCUCCAAGUUGGAUCACCAGGGUCCGGUUGCCUUUGGCCAAGCUUGCCUUCAGAUGCAGCAUAUGAUGCAACUUCAGGAAUCAGCUUCAUUUGCGAUCUUAAUGACAACGUAGCAGCUCCUUGGCCCUCUAAUUCUUCUAUACCUGCUUCUGUCUGUAAUACAACUACCAAACUUCCUGCACUUCCCAAAGCAACAUCUGCACAAAGUGGUCUUUUCAUCAAAGAGUUGGUCUUUUCUCAGGUCUUUGCAUCCUUACUGAUCCUCAAGUUGCUCCUUUAAUUACCAUAUAUGUGAACCAACCGAGGUCAUUUGCGGCCCAGGAGGAGUCGCGUGUCGCCUAGGAACCUCCUUACAAAUUGGGGAGGGUGACAAUUGUACCAACAGAAGUUUGUAACAGAUGAUAUGGAGUCCUUUCACCAUACAUGUUAAUUGGGGAUUAUGCAUUUUUCGAUCUAUCUAUAUAUAUAUAUAUUCUCAAGCUCUUGGUUUGAAUAAUAAAAUUUAUUUGUGUAAUAGAGUAAUAAUCUAAGGAAUAUAUUUGUGUAUAUGUAAUUUUUUUCAUGGAGGUA